CCGCUCUGCUAGACACCUUGUGCUCGAUACCCCGUCCUUCUCGAGAUUAGCUUACCUUCUUUGUGCAUCUCUGCUUUCUUUCAAAACCUUUGAUUGGCACUUACGCACCAAAAUCGGAUUUCAUAUUUACGUAUCUCAUUCCGUUACGUUCAGCAGUCUAUCCAUUCGACUUUGACGUGGCACAUCCAACUGCAAUCGGUUUCAAACUGACUAAUACUUCUCCCGGAUUACAACGUGGAACUGCUUACGACUGGAGCAUAAUCAAAUUGUGUCAUAGUAGCGUGAUUAAUCUGUAAUUAUAUACAUUUGCAAUGGGCGACAUCAAGAAGGAAGGUUACUUCUCUGUCAAGGAAGACGGCCUUAGAGCAUGGAUGUGGUCCAAGCGGUACGGCAUAUUGAGGGAUCAAACCUUGACACUGCACAGAAACGAGCAAUCUGGCCAAUGUAUUGCAUUGAUAUUUCUGAAGGAUGUGAAAUCCGUUGAUCGCAGCGAGACAAAAACCUAUUCCUUUGACCUGGUUACAAAAGACAAGACGUACUCCAUAGCCUGCAAAAGUGAUGAGGAACUGUAUUCUUGGAUGGACGAAAUAUACAAUCGAUCUCCCCUCGGAGCAUCUGGACCUACAAAUUUUGUACAUCGAGUACACGUCGGUUUUGACCCUGUCACUGGGGCCUUCACGGGUUUACCCGCGCAAUGGAAUGCUCUCUUGAAAGGAUCCAAAAUUACUGCCGAAGAUGCUGCUAAAAACCCACAAGCGGUAUUGGAAGCACUGGAGUUCUAUACUGAACAAACAAAACGAGAACACGACUUUGACAUCGAACCAUCCAGAUCGCCUGCAAGCCCGGCACAUCGUUCGCCUGAUAUUAGAAAGCCAUCAAGUGAAAGACGCUCUCCAUCUCCUUCUUUCAAAGCUACUAGAGCAGCUCCUUCACCACCAUCUUCCAGAUCCGACCACUCACCUAGAAGGCCACCACCACCGAGGCCAGUGCGUUCUAAUGAUUCGUCAGUAUCAGAUGUGAGUAACCAAUCCAGCGCCAGCCUGGAAGGAAGAAUGGCAGACAUGUCAAUGGAUCCACGAAGCAGUUAUACUAGAUACCACACCCCCUCGUCUCGAGGAGAUCCUAGUAGCAAAGAUACCAGUGACAUUCAGGUAAUGUCACCUUCCAAACCUCGAUCCCCACGGUCCCAUAGUCCUUCGUCAUCCAGUAGUUCUGCUUCUCGACCUCGUCCACCAUUGUAUCCAAAGGAUAUAUCUCGAUCAGGAUCGACCGCUUCAUACUCCCAUGGAGCUGCUGUUAUACAAAACGCUAUGGCUCGCUCUAACAGCCAACGUGGUAUUUCUCCUGGUCCAUCUUCAUCAAGCGAGCGAAGCGAUCGACGUGAACGAGAACGGGAACGUGAUGCUAUGGAAAGAGAACAGGAAAGACAGCUGAGAAAACAAAAGGAACGGGAAGCUGAGCAUCGUGCACGGGAACUUGAAAGAAGACAGCAAAAGGAGCGCCAGCGCGAGCGCGAGCGAGAACGGGAACGAGAGCGAGAGCGCGAUAGAGAAAGAGAGAAGGAACCUAGCCGCACACCUGCUCCCGCUGCUGAUAAUAAUGCACCGCCCGCUGCUAAACCUGUCGGUCGAAGACAGAAGGCGCAACAAAUGAAUGACGCUGAGAUCAUGGAAAAGCUUCAAAUGGUCGUAUCUCCUGGAGACCCCAACUUGCAAUACAAGAAGAGCAAACGUGUUGGACAAGGCGCCUCCGGUUCCGUUUAUCUUGCCACUCAGUUAUCCACUAGCUUGCGAGUCGCUAUCAAACAAAUGGAUCUCGCCCAUCAAGCCCGUAAAGACCUUAUUAUGAACGAGAUUGUCAUUAUGAAAGAAUCCCAUCACAACAAUGUGGUUAACUUUUUGGAUUCAUUCUUGCUGAAUGGCGACUUGUGGGUCGUUAUGGAAUACAUGGAAGGAGGAGCCUUGACCGAUGUGAUCGAUAACAACGAAAUGACAGAACCUCAAAUUGCAUCAGUCUGCUUGGAAACUGCCAAAGGCUUGGAUCACUUACAUCAACAUAAUAUUAUUCAUCGUGAUAUCAAGUCUGACAAUAUUCUAUUAAACUUUUAUGGCCAAGUCAAAAUCAGCGAUUUUGGAUAUUGUGCAAAACUCACUGAUCAAAUGAACAAACGUGCUACUAUGGUUGGAACACCGUAUUGGAUGGCACCCGAGGUUGUGAAACAAAAAGAGUACGGCGCAAAGGUUGAUAUAUGGUCACUGGGUAUCAUGGCCAUCGAAAUGAUUGAAAAUGAGCCUCCUUAUCUGGAUGAGGAGCCAUUGAAAGCACUUUAUCUUAUUGCUACAAACGGCACACCUGUUUUGAAGGCACCUGAAGUACUCUCAAACGAACUUAAAGGCUUUUUGGCUGUGUGCUUGUGUGUCGAUGUGAAAAGCAGAGCCAGCGCAGGAGAACUACUAGAGCACCAAUUUUUGAGAAAGGCGUGUCCACCUUCAAAUCUUGCCCCUCUGCUCAAGUUCCGUAACGCUUAAACAUAGAUGGCUAGCGGCAUGUGCUCACUACAAUAACAUAUAUUUUUGAAUUGGAAUGAAAUCGUAAAAGAGAAAAAAAAAAGUGACUGGAAAAUUUACAAUUAGGUUGCUGCUUGAAAUUACAUUAAGCGCGAUAGCUUCCUGGGCGUGCAGUAUGCUUUGCCUUUACCCGGAUGCUGGUGAUGGAUGGUUUAGCGGUGACGACAAUGUGAACAGCCGAGUUGUUCCUGGUCUGCGUUUUCAAGUCUUCCUCCUACA